AUGCGCACGCUUUCCCGCGAAUACGGCUGGGCAGCCGUAGGAGUCUACUUCUUCCUAUCAGCGUUGGAUUUUCCGUUCUGCUUUGCUGCUGUGCGGCUGCUAGGCGUUGACCGCAUAGGACACUACGAGCAUAUUAUUGUGGGAUCCGUGAAGGAUGCAAUAGCGAAGAUAUGGCCUGGCAAAGAGAGGGAUGCGCGCUCUCGAUCCGAAGACGAGAAUGAGAUAGGCAUUGCGGAUGAUAUCGAAGAGGCGCAAAAAGCCGUUAAAGGAGAAGCCAGUAUAUGGACACAACUGGCACUUGCAUACGCCAUACACAAAAGCUUCAUUUUCUUCAGGGUGCCACUUACGGCGGCUGUGACGCCCAAGAUCGUCAAGACUCUGCGACGCUGGGGCUGGAAUAUCGACUUAUUCCCAGCGAAAAACCCCUCUGUAUUUAUACUUACAUUUACUCCUUACUUGAUUGACUGGAUAAGACAGAAAUCGUUCAAGGGCAUGUUCACUCAUUCCAUUUAUAAUUCUCUGGUUUCGAAAUUCAUACCAAACGGUGAUGAAGCGUCUAUAGGGUCCAUCCAAGCCAGCAAAAACGCAAGCAAGCAAACGUUAUCACAUAAGCCUUCCCGAAUGAUCAAAGAAACAACAGAGGUAGAAAAAAGGGGGAAGCAGGACAUUACUUCCUACAUGAAAAGGGGAAAGCAGAAGAAAAAGGAGAAACCCACGACUCAGUCAUUACCGGCUAAAAAGCAGAGCAAGAAAAGAAAUCAAAGAGGAAAAGAAAAAGAGGAAAAGAAAUAA